AUGUUCUGGCAUAUUCUCUGGGUCCGUCUUGCUGGCAACAUGGCCCUGCAGUGCACCAAAACCACAGGACAUUGGAAGAUCGUGGUGUGGGAUGAAGAGGGCUUCCAGGGCCGGAGGCACGAGUUUACGGCAGAGUGCCCCAGUGUGCUGGAGCUUGGCUUUGAGACUGUGCGAUCUUUGAAAGUGCUGAGCGGAGCGUGGGUAGGUUACGAGCACGCUGGCUUCCAAGGGCAGCAGUACGUGCUGGAGCGGGGCGAGUACCCGUCCUGGGAUGCCUGGAGCGGCAACACUGCCUACCCAGCCGACAGGCUCACCUCCUUCCGACCGGUGACCUGCGCUAACCAUCGUGACUCGAGGCUGACCAUCUUCGAGCAAGAGAACUUUCUGGGCAGGAAAGGCGAGCUGAGUGAUGACUACCCCUCCCUCCAGGCCAUGGGCUGGGAUGGCAAUGAAGUGGGUUCCUUCCAUGUCCACUCGGGGGCCUGGGUGUGCUCCCAGUUUCCCGGCUACCGAGGCUUUCAGUAUGUGCUGGAGUGUGAUCACCACUCGGGCGACUACAAGCAUUUCCGAGAGUGGGGCUCGCACGCCCAGACCUUCCAGGUGCAAAGCGUCCGCAGGAUCCAGCAGUGA